CUGCCACAAUGCGCGGCGAGGCUGCGGCCGCGACUUGGCGCGGUCGUCCCUAACGUCGCCGCUCGGCAUCCUUAGGACAGGCCGCCCCUGACGUCGCGUGGGGAUCCCACUCGCCCGCGCCCCCCAUGCGUUCACUCUUCGGAGCCCAGCCGGGCGGGCGCCUAGUAGACGCGGAGCCGCGCGGGUGACGGCAGAGGCGGCUGCGCGCCCAGCCCAGCCCGCGGAGAGGGCGCGCCUCGCCCCCGCCCCCCGCCCGCUCUCCGGAGGCCGUGGGUGCGGAUGCGCCGCUGACGACUCGCAGCAACCAGCAGUGCCGCCCGUCCGCCGGCUGGAUCCCGCAGCAUGGCAGCCGCCGCCUAUGUGGACCACUUCGCCGCCGAGUGCCUCGUGUCCAUGUCGAACCGCGCGGUCGUGCACGGGCCGCGGGAGGGGCCGGAGCCCGGACCCGAGGGCGCGGCCACUGUCGCCGCCACGCUGCCCCGCGUCGAAGAACGCCGCGACGGCAAGGACAGUGCCUCGCUCUUCGUAGUGGCGCGGAUCCUAGCGGACCUUAACCAGCAAGCGCCGGCGCCCGCCCCGGCGGAGCGCAGAGAAGGCGCCGCGGCCCGGAAGGCGAGGACCCCCUGCCGCCUACCACCGGCGCCGCCACCCGCCCCCGAGCCCGCCUUCCCCGGCGCCAGUGGCGCGGCGGCCGCGCCCCUCAGCCCGGCGUGGAGCGAGCCCGAGCCCGAACCCGAGGCGGGGCUGGAGCCCGAGCGAGAGCCGGGGCCCGCGGGGAGCGGCGAGCCCGGCCUCAGACAAAGGGGCCGGCGGGGCCGAAGUCGCACCGACCUCGAGUCCCCGCAGAGAAAGCACAAGUGCCACUACGCGGGCUGCGAGAAAGUUUACGGGAAAUCCUCGCACCUCAAGGCGCACCUGAGAACUCACACAGGAGAGCGCCCCUUCGCCUGCAGCUGGCAGGACUGCAACAAGAAGUUCGCGCGCUCCGACGAGCUGGCGCGGCACUACCGCACACACACGGGGGAAAAGAAGUUCAGCUGCCCCAUCUGCGACAAGCGCUUCAUGCGCAGCGACCACCUGACCAAGCACGCGCGCCGCCACGCCAACUUCCACCCGGGGAUGCUGCAGCGGCGCGGCGGGGGCUCGAGAACCGGCUCGCUUAGCGACUACAGCCGCUCGGACGCCAGCAGCCCCACCAUCAGCCCAGCCAGCUCGCCCUGAGCGCUUGCACGUGGGGCGGGGCCCGUGGCAAGCCACGCCCCCACCAGGCCACGCCACGCCCUGAGGCCCCGCCUCCUUUCCACAGCCAUGAGCAGAUGCUCUCACUUCUCGUGAUUCCGUGUCUUUUCCUUUUGUAAUAAGAAGAGAGGGAAAAAAAGAGAACUUUAUGAAGUCGACGACAACAACAACAACAAGAAAAAAAACAAUUUUCUUCACCUCAGGUGUCAAAUUUGUAAAAAACAAAAACAAAAAAAAAACCCACAAUGAAAAAAAUUCCAAAAAACACCAUCCACAAUUGCACAAGAGACAUACCCACGCAGGUGAGAUUCAGUGGUGUUGAGCCCGCCCCGCCCCCCCCCCCCCCCCGACUUUCUCAGGGAUGGACAUGUUCCAUGAGGUCAGUGAGGAUGCCCCCUUCCUGCCGCCUUAUUCUGUACAUAGAUUUCCACUCUGGAGUUUCCUUCAAGGUGUGGGCACACACUGGGGGCGGAGCAGUGCAGGUGGAGCUCCCCACGGGCGGCAGAUGGAGCGGUGGUCACCAGCCUUGUGCUUUCAGGGCAGACCCCUGAGCAGGGCCCACGGCUCCCUCUUCCUGCCCCCUGCCCAGCCUCAGGCUGGCCCCAGCGGCAGUGGGCUAAGAAUGCAGAGGUCUCCAAGGAACACCUCAAGCCGUGAUGGGCAAGGGGAGCAGUUCUCACCUCGGGGACCCUGCCCAGGUCCCUCUCAAGCGCUGGAAGCAGAGAUGCAAUCCUGGGUUGGGCAGACCAAUGCACCGUCUGAUGUCCACACGGCUUUGCGAUGCUGUGUCCCCGCAGAAGGCGCCAGGACCUUCCACUAUUAUACCACGUCCUCUGACUGGCCUCCUACAAGGAUGUCCAAAGGUGUCACCAGUGCAACCAGUUCCUACAUUUUUCCCAACUGACCCUGCUCGUGAGACGCCUUUGUUUGACACGGUGGGUAAAGCGGGGCUCUGUGCGUGUGGCCUGUGGUGGCCUUGCGUAGCACUCCACGGAGACUGUUCGGUAGCAAGAGACCGGAACAUUGUGACUUGGAACUUUGGGGGGUAGCAAGGUGGACGCUAUGGGAAAUGCAGUCGGAGAACAUACAUUCUCUUUCCUCCCCGGGGAGCACCGGACAGAAGUUGUGGGAAGUACUUUUUUUCAGACCCACCGUGUCCCCAGCUGAGACUCAGUGAACACUCACCUUCUCCGUGAGCUGUGUCCCCUGGACUCCUCCCUCCCUGGUCUCCCCCUCCCACCUGGGAGGCCCCAGCCCACCCCCAGCCUUGGGGCACUGGGGUAUAGGGUCCCCAUUGCCAGCCUUCCCGAGCAGAGAGCUGGGGACAUCUCUCCGGGAGCCCCGACCCGGGCAGGUGGGUCAGGCAGGCUCCAUCAUGCUCCCCUGUGGAGGGCUGGGGCAGCCCCCGCCCAGGCACCUCCCUGGCCUUCCUCCAGGGUGUCAGGGCCUGUAAAUACAAGUCCCCAGGAUAGUGUGUGUAUGUGUGUGUGUGUAUGUGUGUGUGUGUGUUGGGGCAGGAGUGUGGGUUUGGGAAGGACUUGGGGUAUCUUGCAGAGACCUCUGUUCAUUUCAAUGAGGAGGAAUGACCCUUGGGACCUCAGAGGGCCGUAGCAGGGCUUCCCUGAGCCCAGAGUGCCUUGGUUGUGGCCAUCUUGCUUCUGCCCCCACCCGAUCACAAUGAGGGGUACAGCAUGGAGGAGCCCCGGAGACCCAGCCCCAGCUGGUGCUCAUGGGCCCUGGGCGGCUCCAGAGUACAUGGGCGCCCCAUGUCUUUAGCAACUGCCGUCCUCUGCACUCCAGGUGCCCAUUUCUAACUCUGCUAUGUCAGCUGGGGUCAGUCAGUGGUGUGAUAGGGGCUUCUGAGAGCAUGGCAGGUACGAGGUGGGCAGGUGUAUCGCUCUUGCUGUGCAUGGAAGUCGGGCAGAAGCGGCAUGGGGGUGAGGCCCCACCCUGGCCUCUGUUGGGGCUGGGUGACAGCCCUGCUCGCAUUUGGUCCAGGACAGAGAACAGAAUGUGCUGGACACCUGAACAGAGCAGUGCCCUGAGCACCAGGGGUGAGAGCUUUUCACGCCCAGUCCCCAAGUGAGGCCGGCAGGGCCCUUGGAGGUCCCUCCCAAAGCCGUUUCUGUGUGGGGCCGAGAAAGCCACACUCUGAAUACAUUUCAUGUCUCAGGAACUCACAUUCCAGGUUCAGGAAUUUUAUUCCAAAGUUCUUUGGUGCGCUCACUGCCCACGCGGUCCCCAAAGUCAGGGAGGGGGGCCACGUGCCCUGCGGGAGCCUGGUGUCUUCUCGCGACCUGGCUGUGGCAUUGCCGAGGAAAGAGGGUUUCAGAGCCCACGUCUCUCUGCACAUAGGAAGAGGGGAAAGGACUCUAAACCCAGUCAUCUUGGAAUAAAAG